GCAUGGAAUUCGUCAAAUGCGAACGCCAUGGGCAGAUGGUCCUGCAUACGUGACCCAGUGUCCAAUCCAACCUGGAGGGACCUACACAUAUCGGUUCACAAUUGAAAAUCAGGAGGGAACGUUAUGGUGGCAUGCUCAUAGCAGAUGGCUUAGAGCUACUGUUUAUGGAGCACUCAUCAUCUACCCUAAAUUGGGUUCUUCAUAUCCCUUCCCAAAACCCACGCACGAAAUCCCUGUUCUUCUAGGUGAAUGGUGGGACAGGGACCCCAUUGAUGUUCUACGACAGGCAACUUUCACAGGGGCAGGUCCAAACGUGUCUGAUGCAUACACCAUUAAUGGUCAACCUGGGGACCUAUACAGAUGCUCUAGCAAGGGUACUGUGAAAUUCCCAGUGAACUCUGGUGAAACAGUUCUCCUCAGAAUAAUCAACGCUGCACUCAAUCAACAACUCUUCUUCACAAUAGCCAAUCACAAGCUCACUGUUGUUGCUGCGGAUGCUCUCUACGACAAGCCUUUCCCAACCUCAGUCCUCAUGCUUGGACCUGGUCAGACAACUGAUGUCCUCCUCACCGCCGAUCAGACCCCAGGACGCUACUAUAUGGCGGCACUUGCCUAUGCCACUGGCCAAAAUGUACCAUUUGACAAUACCACCACCACAGCAAUCCUUGAAUACAAAUCUGCUCCUCGCAGUGCCAAAUCCUCAAAACCGAUCUUACCACGUUUACCAGCCAACAAUGACACAGCCACUGUAACUGCAUUCACCAGUCAACUUAGAAGUCCUUCCAAGGUCAAUGUCCCUAUUAAGAUUGACGAGAACCUAUUUUUCACAGUGGGGCUCGGGUUUCUCAACUGCAAUCCUGGACCCCGAUGUCAGGGGCCGAAUAAUACACGCUUUGCUGCCAGCAUGAACAAUGUCUCCUUUGUGCUCCCAACCAGGACUUCCAUACUUCAAGCCUACUAUCAAAAUAUACCUGGCAUCUUCACCACUAAUUUCCCACCUGUUCCUCCAGUGAAAUUUGAUUACACAGGCAACGUGAGCCGCGCACUGUGGCGACCAGUUUUCUCAACCAAGCUUUACAAGCUCAAGUUUGGUUCCACAGUACAGAUUGUGUUACAAGAUACGGCUAUCUUCUCGACAGAGGACCACCCAAUUCAUCUACACGGAUACCAUUUCUAUGUUGUUGGACAAGGUUUUGGUAACUUCAACCCCAAAACAGAUACUGCAAAAUUUAAUCUCAUUGAUCCACCACAGAGGAAUACUAUUGAUGUACCUGUUGGUGGAUGGGCAGUCAUCCGAUUUGUGGCUGAUAAUCCAGGAGUUUGGCUGAUGCACUGUCACAUAGAUUCUCAUCUCACCUGGGGUUUGGCCAUGUCAUUCCUGGUUGAGAAUGGGGUUGGAGAAUUACAGUCCAUAGAGCCUCCUCCACCAGAUCUCCCUCGAUGUUAA